AUGCAGGAACAGGCCGGCAGCACCGCCCACCAGCGGGAGAUGUUCUGGUUAUCCAGCACCGAUUGGCACCUGUUUUUAGGAUUUGGGGACCCCCCGUCCACGUUAGGCAAACGCAAACGGGCCCCGUGGGAGGAUCAGGCCGAGGUCAGCCGCAUGGAACGCCGCCACCAGUUGGCCACCAUGGAUCUGGAGGCAGCCGCGCAGUGCAUGACCGGGCGGCCCGACAUGCAGUUCUGGGGGGUCCAGGACCCAGCCAUGCGGGCCAUCCAGCGGGGAGAGAGCCCCGUGGUCGCAGUGAUGCCCACCAGCAGGGGGAAGAGCAUGCUGUUCAUGGUGCCCGCGUUUGCCGCCCCUGGGGGCACCACCAUUGUUGUGGUGCCGCUGGAGCUCGGUAUAUCAUGCGUGCCAUGGGAGAGCUGGCGGCCCCCUGAUGCCGCAUCCAUCGUGUUAGUGACGCCUGAAUCCGCAGUCAGCCCUGAUUUCCAGACGUUUUUGAACCAGCUGCGGUGGACCCGGCGGUUAGACUGGAUCAUGAUCGACAAAUGCCAUGUGGUGUUGAACAACCAGCGUGAUUUCCGGCCCCAGAUGGCCUAG